AUGAAUAUGCAUAAACUUAGACAGACGAGAGAUGCACAGGAAGCUGUUAUUGCACACUAUAUGCAGAAACUCGAGACCGCCGGAGAAAAUACAGAAAAUGCAAUCGAGUUUGAAACAAUACUUCAGGCGAUAGAGGGAAAGUAUAAAACGUUAGAAGCGAUAAAUGAAAAGAUUUUAACACAAACAGACGGGGAAGAUAUUGAGAGCGAGAUGCUAGAAACUGAAGACUACAUGCUUAAUCUUCAAAUUAAAAUACGGAACUUUCAGGCUCUCAUGAAACAGAGUACCACGCCGCCACCGCCGACGCCGGAAAUUCACCGUAUUGAUGAUCUCAACAGAAAUGAGAGUAGCCGGAGCACAAGUACAGGUACAGAAAUUCAGUUUCAUAACCUACCCAAGUUAAAUUUCCCUACAUUCAGUGGUAACAUAUUAGACUGGCAGACUUUUUGGGAUUCAUUUGAGUCUAGCGUGCAUCUCAACUCGUCACUUUCUCAAGUUCAGAAAUUUAGCUACUUAAGAUCACUACUCCAUGAGGGUACUGCACAAGUAAUUGAGGGAUUUCCACUUACGCAUGGCAACUAUCUUAAGGCUGUAGACCUGCUACAAGAACGCUUCGGACAAACUCACAUGAUAGUAGAUGCUUAUAUGCAAGCUUUGAUGGAUUUACCCCGACCGACUAACAAUUUAUCUAGUAUGAGAACAUUUACUGACAAACUAGAAUCGUACAUCAGAGGUCUAGAAUCACUCGGUCAAUGCCAGGAGUCUUAUGGCAGUCUACUAGUUCCAGUCAUCAAAGAAAAACUUCCGGCGGAAGUUAGACGCAACAUUACGCGCGACCAUGGUGAUAGCCACUGGCAGCUACCGACCUUAAGAGCAGCACUGAAGAAAGAGAUCACCAUCAUUGAAGCUGGCCAGCCUAUUAACACUAAAGAAUUUUAUGAUUCGACUGCUAUGUUCCAUACAGGUACUAAGUCCAAGACAGGCGGUAUCCAGAGAAACCGGAAACAGCAUGAUCGAAAAAAUUCACGCACAUCCUGUCCAUUUUGUGGUGAGCAUCACAGUGCCACUUUCUGUACCAAAGUAAGUUCUUUUGCCGAAAGAAUAGACAUUGUUAAAAGAAAACACUUAUGUUUUAAUUGCUUAGGAAAUCACCAGGUGUCCUCCUGUCGUUCAAACUUCCGUUGUCGCCAUUGCCGAAGGAAGCAUCAUUCAAGCAUCUGUAAUAAGAGUCCGAGUGAAAAUUGCAACCUUGAUCCUACAAUAGCCCCCUUCGAACCUGCUACUUCCGGUCAGUCUAUUACCAGUUCAACAGAACAGUCAGCUGCGUUUCAUUUAACCACUCAUAACAAAACUAAUGUCCUUCUGAAGACCGCCAUUACGAAAGUUAGUUCUAGGAGAUGCAUCGCCGAUGCAAAUAUCUUGUUUGACGAGGGUGCACAGAGGUCAUUCAUUACGGAAGAACUUGCAGACAGACUCGAGCUUCAGCGUACCGGAAGUGAAGUAAUACAUAUAGCUGCCUUUGGUUCCUCCACACAGAAGGUCAAGCAUAUUGAAACAGCGACAGUGUACCUGCUCACAGAAUGCAAUGACAAGAUACCAAUCAACGUCCUGGUGGUUCCUACAAUAGCUGUCCCAUUACAGAAUCUGCAGCGUUCUGUGUCCUCACUUCCAUAUUUACGAGAUUUGAAGUUGGCUCACCCGGUAACAGAUGAUGCUACAUUUGAUAUUUCGCUUUUGAUUGGAGCCGACAAGUACUGGGACAUCGUAGAAAACGAAGUUGUCAGAGGUUGCGGACCGACAGCUGUGAAAUCUAAGAUAGGAUACCUCCUGUCCGGUCCACUUCCGGUCACCAGUAGUGAGUCAUCAACACAGUACAUCAUGAAUGUCAUCACCGCUCCGCCAGAUCUUUACAACUUAGAGAGGUUCUGGAAGCUUGAAUCUUUGGGUGUAAGUGUACAGGAAGAAACAGAUGCUACUUCAGAUAGACUUAAAACUUACCAGAAGAACAACAUUGAUUUCAAAGAUGGACGAUACAUAGCUAAAUUACCAUGGAAAGAGGAUCAUAAACUUCUCCCUGAUAAUUACAACAUAACAUUGAGACGUACACAAAACAACAUCAGACGUCUUCGUGAAACGCCAAAACUUUUACAGAAAUAUGGAGAAAUUAUUGCUGACCAAGAGCAAAGAGGCUUCAUUGAAAGGAUUAACGAGAACCAGUCAUCCAGCCAAGUACACUACAUACCGCAUCAUGCUGUUAAAAAAGAAUCCUCAACGACUCCUAUCCGGAUUGUGUUUGAUUGUAGUUGCCGCGAGUCACGUGAUUCUCCAAGUUUGAAUGAUUGUCUCGAAAGUACACCACCGGAGUUAAAUGACCUAACAGGAAUUUUGAUCAGAUUUCGACUAAACAAAUUUGCGGUUUGCACAGAUAUUGAAAAGGCGUUCUUACACGUGCAGCUGGAUGAAAGUGAUAGGGAUAUGACACGUUUUUUAUGGCUGAGUGACACAACAGACCCUAAUAGUCAACUGAUCACUUACAGAUUCAGGACUGUGUUGUUUGGUGCGACAUGUUCCCCAUUCAUUUUAAAUGCAACUUUAUUGAAACAUCUCGAUGCCAACGCUUCCAUCUGGGUUAGUGCCGUAUUACGAAGAGAUUUGUAUGUUGACAACAUUAUUUCCAGUUUCGCCACAGAAGCAGAUGUUCUUUCCUACUUCCGUGUGACACGUGAUCUGAUGUCGUCUGCUGAUUUCAACCUCCGGUCCUGGAACUCUAAUAGUAGUCGUCUACGUGAACUUGCCUCUACACAGAAAGUACUUGAUACAGAUAGGCCGACAAAGAUUCUGGGCCUGCGAUGGGACGCUGACGCUGAUGAAUUAUUUCUUCAACGUACUAUUUUUCCUAAAAGUGACUUCAUCACGAAACGAGAAAUUUUACAACGGACGGCAAAAGUGUACGACCCACUUGGGAUUUUGAGUCCAGUCACAAUACGCGCGAAGAUUUUACUUCAAGACAUCUGGCAACAGAAAUAUGACUGGGAUGUGCCACUUCCGGAAGAUCUGCAACAGAGAUGGAAUGAGUUAUCAAAUGACUUUAAUACAGUUUCAAGUUACAAGUUUCAGCGUUAUUACUUCUCGCCAAACGACAUAUCUGACACAGCAGACGACAUACACAAUGUUGACGUCCACACUACACUGCACGUGUUUGCUGAUGCCAGUCUACGAGCCUAUGGAGCAGUAGCCUACCUAUGUAGAGGAAACCAGUCUGCAUUUGUUAUGUCAAAGACCCGAGUCGCACCUCUUAAGGAACUUACAUUACCCAAGCUAGAACUGAUGGCAGCAGUCAUUGAUGCGCGUCUCGCAAAUCACAUCUUACAGUCAAUUACUACCGAGUCUGUACAUUUAUGGUCGGACAGUCAAAUCGUCUUACAUUGGUUAGAUACCUCAAAACAGCUAAAGAGAUUUGUCCAAAACAGAGUAUGUGAGAUACACGAACUGACAGACAACCGGAAGUGGAAAUAUUGUCCAACAAAUGACAAUCCCGCUGACCUGCUUACACGUGGCGUAACAUCUUUAGAGUAUUUAAAAAGUAUACUUUGGAUGAAAGGUCCUUCAUGGUUACAUGACCAUUACAGAUGGCCAAAGUGGGAGAAAACCGACAAUACCGUGUUAACGACAACAGCAGAACUGCAAUACAAUAACAACAGCUGUAACAUACAAACAUGCUCUUCAUCAGAAAACACCAUCGUGGGAUUAAAUGGAAUUCAUAACAUAAUGGAUGUCAACAGAUUCAGUAACUACAGGAAGUUGCUACGAGUCACAGCAUACGUUAUGCGAUUCAUUGACAAGUGCAGAUCACCAAGAUGCUCAGCCAACCUUGAACUACUCACCGUUCACGAAUUACAGCACGCGGAAAUAAUGUGGAUCAGAAGCUGUCAGAGUGUAACAUUCCAUAAUGAAAUAGAUAAUAUGGACUCCAAAGGGACUCGAUUACCUUUAGUCAGACAGCUACGACUAUUCAAAGAUGACACAGGAAUUAUUCGAAGUGGCGGGAGAAUCCAUAAUGCACCACUCGAUAUGUUGACCAAAUUUCCCUAUCUACUUCCGGCUAAACACCCCUUCACACGGCUACUCAUUCAAGAUGCACAUGAGAGUCAACUACAUGCUGCGAUUAGUGCUACCAUCACCCACUUACGUCAGAAAUUCUGGAUACCAGCGAUCCGCCAGGCUGUGCAUUGCGUCAACCGGAAGUGUGUUACAUGCCGCAAGGUUACCGGGAAACAGUAUACAGCAUCUGACCCACCACCGCUACCAAAGAAUAGAGUAGAAGACACACCGCCAUUCACUGUCACAGGAGUUGAUUUCACUGGGGCAUUGUAUGUAAGAAAGUACGACGGAAGUAAGUCGAAAGCUUAUGUUUGUCUUUUCACAUGUGCUUCUACUAGGGCUGUCCACCUUGAAUUAGUACAUGAUCUAUCAGAGGAAUCCUUCAUGGCGGCAUUUAGACGAUUCACCAGCCGAAAGUCACUCCCACGCAUCAUGAUUUCAGACAACGCCACGACGUUCAACGCUGUGGCACGCAAUAUAAGAGAGCUGACGCAAUCCAGAACUGUUCGUGAAACCCUCAACAACGGAGGAACUGAGUGGAGAUUCAUACCUAAACGAGCUCCAUGGUUUGGUGGUUGGUGGGAACGGCUAAUUGGACUUACUAAAACCACCAAAAGAAAGUUCUAG